CAUUAACACGACCACCAACCGCAGCAGCAGCACAAUCACCCUGUCGUGUUACUGUUCUUUGCGAAUUCCCUGCUGAUCUUCUUCUCUUCGUAGCCCUAGCUCCCAAAUCACCGCCCUCCGGCACAACUACGACCUCGCCUUGUUUGGCAGCCUUGCUUUGCGACACGCGCAAACACCGACUCAACAACACCUCCACCACUACCUUCGUCAUCUAAUUCAUCAUGUCUCACGAGGAAGACCUUAUCGACUACUCCGAUGAGGAGAUCCAGCCAACGGAGGCGCCCGCGAACGGCAGCGCAGCUGCGACAAAGGGCGGCCUCACUGCUGGCGACGCUGCAGGCGACAAGAAGGGCAGUUAUGUCGGCAUCCACUCGACCGGUUUCCGCGACUUCUUGCUAAAGGACGAGCUUGUGCGAGCGAUUACGGACUGUGGCUUCGAACAUCCUUCCGAGGUCCAGCAAGUUACCAUCCCUCAGGCCAUCCUCGGUAACGAUGUCCUCUGCCAGGCCAAGUCCGGUCUUGGAAAGACAGCCGUCUUCGUUCUUGCGACCCUUCAGCAAAUGGAUGAGAAGCCCGAGCCCGGUGUCGCGACUAUCCUUGUCAUGUGCCACACACGAGAAUUGGCCUACCAGAUCCGCAACGAGUACAAUCGUUUCGCCAAGUUCUUGCCCGAUGUCAAAGUCGGCGUUUUCUACGGCGGUACACCCGUCCAGAAGGACAUCGAGCUUCUGGGCAACAAGGAGACGCACCCUCACAUCAUUGUCGGAACACCCGGUCGUAUCAACGCUCUCGUCCGCGACAGGCAUCUCCGCCUUGCUAACCUGAAGCACUUUGUUUUGGACGAAUGUGACAAGAUGUUGGACCAGCCUGAUAUGCGCAACGACGUGCAGUCCAUCUUCCGAGCUACACCAUCGCACAAGCAGGUGAUGAUGUUUUCGGCCACCCUAGCCAAGGAGAUCCGAACCGUCUGCAAGAAGUUCAUGCAGAAUCCGUUGGAAAUCUAUGUCGAUGACGAGAAGAAGCUGACGCUGCACGGUCUGCAGCAGUACUACAUGAAGCUGGACGAGCGUGAGAAGAACCGCAAGCUCAACGAUUUGCUCGACAGCCUGGAGUUUAACCAGGUCAUCAUCUUCGUCCGCUCAACCCUUCGCUGCACCGAGCUCGACAAGCUUCUUCGCGAAUGCAACUUCCCUAGCACGGCAGUGCACUCUGGUAUUGGCCAAGAAGAGCGUAUCAAGCGCUACAAGGAGUUCAAGGAUUUCCAGACCCGUAUCUGUGUCUCCACCGACAUCUUCGGCCGCGGUAUUGACGUCGAGCGCAUCAACGUCGCUAUCAACUACGACAUGCCCGACAAGGCGGAUGCGUACCUCCAUCGUGUCGGUCGUGCCGGUCGUUUCGGAACGAAGGGUCUCAGUAUCUCCUUCGUCAGCAGCCCAGACGACGAGGCGGUGCUCAAGUCGAUCGAGGAGCGCUUCCAGGUCUCGCUUCCUGAGUUCCCCGAGGACGGCAUCGACUCCGCCACCUACAUGGACAACUAAGCGCCCUCGGAGGAGGAUUCGUGGCUGG